GCUGUCACUGAAUGUUCAUGGUUUAAGAUAAUUUACUGGUGGUUAAAAUGAGAGACAAUUUGAAUGUAAUUAUGAUGCUGUCUCAGAGCUGCUGUAUGGAGAACUGGAAGACCUGAAGUUUUUUCCUAUUAAAAUUUCAUGCAGUUGCACCAUCUGUUACUCUGGGACUUCCUGUGUAGACUAAUAAUUUGUAGAACUAAGGAAAGACUUGACCCUUCUCACAGAUAACUUCCAUCCUCCAUUGACUGUGUGGAGUUAACACGAAGGGAGGAAUGUCAGGGCUGGGUAGGGGUUGCAAGAAAAAGAUGUGACACAGUUGUGUGAUUUGAGUAAUAGGUGGAAAUUGGCAAUUCACUUGCUUUUUGUCUCUUUUUGGCUCUGAAAGUACAGGAUGAUUGAUAAUUUGCAGCCAGGUUGUUAACUUAAAGCUGGUUGGCACAGAUGAGAAUGAAGCCCUUGAAAGUGACUGGAAGAUGGCUGUGGUGUGUAAAUCCAAGCAGGGAGAGUGUCUCACCAGGAAGGAAAGAGGAUGAGUAAAUCUGGAGUGUGCCCAAGAGCCUGGCUGUCCUCAGAACCAGCACUCAGGGCAUGCAGCAAGGCAGGGUCUCGUUGGUUACACAUCAAAAUGUUUCCCAGCGUGCUUGGGUGAGCUCUGAAACAGGUCACCCAGAAAGACUCUGGAAUUUCCAUGCUGGCAGACAUUCAGAUUUUGAUUGGAAAAGGCUCAGAGCACCUGGCCCUUGCUGUGCAGGGAGCCCAGCUUCAGCAGGAGAUCAGACUUGACCUCCAGGCACCGCUUCCAUCUCAUUCUGCAUGAAAAGUGCGCCCACUGUGGAGGAGUGUUUGCUCCUCUGGUCAUGCUGGGAGAUGUGAAGCAUUGUUUACAUGGCAAUCUCUCUCCUGGGGCCACUGCAACCCUAAAAUCCAGUUUUCACUCUGUUCCCACCAAAGCAGGGAACUUUCUGCCACACCAACCUGGUGACCUUUAUCUCCCAAAUUUAGGCAGCAUGGUUGUCCUUAGGGCUGCUUUUUGCUGCUCCAGACAGAGCCAGCCUCUCACUGGAAAGGUUGCCAAUUCCCUGAUGUUGAGGCAGUCUCAGGCAGCUUGGGAGGAUUGGGUUUCAGAACUCAAAUUCCCAUGAACUUGCAAAAACAAGCGAUUUCCCUGGUGGCCUUUCCCUGUGGUGUUGCUGCUGCUCGUUCUGGAUGCUGUCCAGAGCAGUCUCUUCAAGCUGAGAGCAGACUGGAUGUUUGCUUGGAGCCAGAUACAGCACUGCAGCAUUCACCUCUCUCUGGUUUAAUGAAAAAAAAAAAUAAUUCAUGGCUUUGGGAAAAAUCUUCUGCAUCUGGAAUAGCAUUGAUGGGAGCAUAAGCAUUUCACAUGCUCUCUGUUAUUUGGUGCUUUUUCUGUUUCAUAGUAACAGCUGCUUUACCUAAACUGAAUUUGCAGCUGAUUGUGCAAGGCAAAGGUGCUGAUUUCUGCACAAUUUAUGCACUGUUAUUUGUUGCUACAUAUGAAUUUAAGUACUGUUAUUAGAGUAGUAAUUUUAUAGCAUUUGAUCUGUCUGAAGUGGAUGUGGUUGAGUCAGUCUUCCCAGCAAACACAGAAACAAAUGGGUGGAUUGUGGAUUUCCAAAUGUAAUUUAUCCUUGCAUUCCAAGUGCCUUUCUCAAGAGGUGGAGGGGGGUUAAAAGUCAGAUUAGGUCAUGGCAGUGAGGUGCUACCCUGCUACUCCUGCAAUUCUGACUUGGUCAGAAUUAGAAUGUAGGAAUUUUUUUUUUAAUUGGGAAAUGUGUGUUGCCUUGCUGGUUUUGUGUAGAAGAGAUUUUUUGUCUUGCAAAAUAAUAUAAAUAAUAUAAAUGGUAAAUAAUAUAAAAGGGUUUUAACUUUAAACUUUCAAAUUUAUGCCAUUUCAUGACAUUUUUCACUGUUUUGGAACAAAUUUUGUUUAAAGUACCUUUCAUGAACCCGCUCUGUUACAGAUAGCAAAACAAGGAGCAGUUGUGUCAUUGCAGAGGUGACAGUGUCACGGUGGCCCAUUGCUGGUCACAGGUUUUAACAAAGUGUUUCACCCCACUGGCAUCCUGGGGCUGCAGGUCACAUUGAAACAGCUCUAAAAAAAAUGGGGGGGAAAAAGAGAGAUACUAUGCUUUUAAAUGACAACAGUGAGAUAAUUACCUGAUGAGAGCUGGACUUGAGCCUUUUUGUCACUGCAUUUGAUGUAGAUCCUGAAAUGUUGCUUAUAAAUGAAAAUUGGUAAAGGUGAGGGCAGUUUGAGUCUUCUUUUAUGGCAUUCUGACAAAAAAAAGACUGUAACACAUACUUCAGAUACAUGAUGGGGGCUGCAAGAUGCUUUGCUGUUCUUCUGUUCUUUGCCUGUGACCAUUAAGAAUAGUCCAUUAUCCAUAUAAAGGUGCUUUCAUGCUAGAACAAUAGGUGCAAGUGUGUUCCUCUGCCUCCAACUUUGUAUUUUUGGGUGGCAGAGGGAAAGAAAGAAGCUGCAUUUUGGGGGUCAGCACUUUAAUGUAGGUUCCCACACCACUGUAGCAAGAGACACUGGUGCUGCUAUGCCUUUUGGAAUAUGAGGAUACAGUUCAGUAUUUUAAGUCUUCCUACCCUGAAGGUCCCCAUAAAUGUUUCUUUUUUGCUGGCACAGGCCAAUUUCAGUAAGAAGUUCUUUGUAAAUUAAGUAAGUUUAUCAAUUAUGCAAACUUAAUAGUUGAGAUUUUUCUUGAGACUUCACCUCACAGAGAAGUUGAGUUAAAUUUGUCUGUGCUACCUCAAGAUUUGCUAGGGGAACCACAGGGAUAGAAUUCUCUGCUUGCUCCUCUUUGCUGCUAAAAAUAUGUGCAGUUUGGGAAAAUAUGCCUAGAUCUGACUUCUCCUGACCUUCUGAAAAUUCUAAUAAACUGUUCAGAGAACUUGAGCAGCUGCACUGAGGAAACGUCAAAAAUAUCUCUUGGCACACUCUUCCUUCAUCCACAGACCGGUCUUCCCUUUGUGAAAACAAAGACCUUUCUGUGAGUCAUUUCUAUUCCUUGUGGUUUUUUCUAGUAGUGCUUCUCUGAGGCAUUUCUAUUUUAUAUUCUUGUCAGCAGAAUCAAGGGCAUCCAAGUACAGAUGCUGCUGCAGCCCUCCAGCCUCUGGCCAGGCUGCUCUGGGCUGCUGGGAAAGAACCUCCUGAUGGCACAGGCUGUGGGAGAGCAGGGAGGAUGAACUGCAGUUGGAAGGCAAAAAGCUGAGCCUGUGUUAAGAAAAAGAAGUAAUUUCAAAAGAAAUUUGUCAUUUCUGGCGAUGCACGAUGAUGGUGUUGCACACUGGGGCACCACAGAUAAAAUGGCUUUGAUAGCAAAGCAGAGGUAUUGGGGUUUCAUUCCUUUUUAUGGAAAACCAGGACUGUGCUGUGACAAAUUCCACACAUGGCCCCAAAUUGUCAGUAAGCCAUCUCUAAAUUUAGCCAGCUACUACCAGCCAGCUCCAUUCUAUUCUUUUGCUCAGAUUAGAGCAACUGCUGUACCAACAGCUUGGUAAAAACAGCUAAAAACCUACAUUUUGUUCAUUUCUCUUUCAUUAAUCUGGGCACACUUUUUUUUUUUUUGCCUUGUUUUGUUGAGGGGUUUUCUAAUCCUGAGGUCUUGUCUUGAGAGAUGAUAAUCAUGGUUCAUGGCUGUUGGCUGUGUGUUGGCUGCUUUCUCAUGCUGUAUAAAAAUACAGGAUACCUGAAGUGUGAGAUUGCUUUAAAUCAGGGGGUUUGUGCCAGUUCUUCGUGGGUUCAAGUAGGAAAUCCUGCAUUUUCCUUAUUCUGAAGGAAGAGAGAGGUAAAAUAGAAGGAUUCUCUCUUCACUCCCUCUGUUAGGCUGUGGCUGUGUUUCCAUGGUACUUCUAGCAGGGUGACUUUUACAAAUAACUUCUCUGAUUUUGCUUUUGUUCCACAUUCUUGUGUUGCUUCAGCAAUGAUGGAUUGAAAUUGCAGCAAUAGUUAUAAACUUGAUUUAGCUGCAGCGAGACAAGCUUCUCUGCCUUUUAGAAGUGGCAUAGUUUGGGGUUUUUUUGGCUGAGUAAGGAAAAGCAAAGUUCUUGUCUCCAGCAGGAAUUUAUUCUUGAAAUAAGCAGUGAAGUUCCACGAUGAGAAUAGAUUGCUGGAGUUGAUCUCAUCCCCUGAAUGAGUAAUUCUGGGUGGUUGUUUAGCAGGCUGAACAGGAGAUUAUAAACUCAGAACUUAGCUUUGUUUCUGGAAACUCCUGAGUGAUAAAGAAGCUGGAGUAGCUCCUCCACAGGAUUGUCUUUACCCUGGGGACAGUGAUAUGGAAACAAUCUGCCCUGCUCACAUCUCCAGACUGUCCGUGUAGCGUGCGGCUCCAAGGAAUUGGCAGCUCCCUCUUUCAAAGCUUCUCUCUGAGUCUUUUUCAAAUGGCAAAUAUCCAACAUUAAUAAGCCACAUAGCAGAGCUGGGAGGAGGCUGGCUGUGGGGGCAGCAGGAGCACGUUCAGCUUCAAACAGGCUUUUUAAUAGUCAGAACAGUGUACAAUACUGGAGGAAGAGAAGCUGCAGCAAGAAGAACGAAUGAGAAUGGAAUCCAGGCGACAAGUCACGGUGUCCUGGGACUCAGGAGGAUCAGAUGAAGCUCCUCCCAAGCCCAGUAGACCUGGUUACCCCAGCCCCAGAUCCAGUGAAGGGUUUUAUCCAAGCCCACAGCAUAUGGUACAACCAAAUCAUUACCAGGUGUCUGGCUACCCUGGUUCUCAUGGGAUACCAUCCAUGGCAGGCAGCAUUUAUCCUGGGCAGGCUUCUCUCCUGGAUCAAGCAGAUUCCUGGAACCAUCGGCCUCAGGAAAUAUCAGUGUGGCAGCCAAACAUGGAGGAUUCAGGCACUUUGGACAUCCGGGGGAUGAGCCAGGUUCUGCCCACACACCUCAUGGAGGAGAGGUUGAUACGGCAGCAGCAGGAGAUGGAGGAGGAUCAGCGCUGGCUCGAAAAAGAAGAACGAUUCCUGAAACCCGACAUGAGGCACUCCAGAGGCAGCAUUGACCGUGAGGAUGGAGGUCUCCAGGGCCCUGCUGGUAACCAGCACAUAUAUCAGCCUGUGGGAAAACCAGCAGAUCACGCGGCUCCGCCAAAGAAGCCCCCGCGCCCCGGAGCCCCCGGGCACCUGGGCAGCCUGGCCAGCCUCAACAGCCCCGUGGACAGCUACAACGAGGGUGUGAAGAUCCAGCCGCAGGAGAUCAGCCCUCCCCCCACGGCCAACCUGGACCGCUCCAAUGACAAAGUCUACGAGAACGUCACGGGGCUGGUGAAGGCGGUGAUAGAAAUGUCCAGCAAGAUCCAGCCGGCCCCGCCCGAGGAGUACGUGCCCAUGGUGAAGGAGGUUGGUUUGGCACUAAGAACUUUACUGGCAACAGUAGAUGAGACCCUCCCAGUGCUCCCUGCAAGCACCCACAGAGAGAUUGAGAUGGCACAGAAGCUGCUGAACUCGGACCUGGCCGAGCUCAUCAACAAGAUGAAGCUGGCCCAGCAGUAUGUCAUGACCAGCCUGCAGCAGGAGUACAAGAAGCAAAUGCUGACGGCUGCUCACGCCCUGGCUGUGGAUGCCAAAAACCUGCUGGAUGUUAUUGAUCAAGCCAGACUGAAAAUCAACCAGUCCAGACCGCACUAAGCACUGAGGGAAGAGCAUCAACAGCCUCGGAAUUCUGCUUGCGACAGGAUGUUCCUUCACCUUCCACCAGCAGUGAGGAUUCACCCAGCGCAGUCCUGGCCUUCCAGCACCUCUGGCUUCAGCAGACCUGACCGACCCCUGGGGUUCUCUCAUUGCAACAGUUUAACCGAGUCUCUCUGGUAGAGCCGAGCCGGGCUGGGAUUCAGGCCGAGGCAGCAGCAGCAGCUGAGGUUUGUACAGGAACCCUCGGAGCUGGGGCACAGGGCAGGUCACUCCAUCGCAUGGGACACGCUUCGCACUGAGCUGCCACCGGGCCAUGGUCUCGGAGCCAAAACUGUUGGAGCAGCAGAUGGGAGAAAGAUAUUGUGAAGAAUUCGGGGAAACCUCAGGGCUGAGAAUUCUUGCCCACAGUAUAUGAACUAUCCAGACUGGAAUUUUUUUUAUUAGAACACUUACGUCGCAAUAUGCUAACCACGAUUUACAGAGAAAGAAUAAAAAGCUAUAUUUUCAAGACUUCAGUCAUUUCAAGACAAACUAAAGCCCUCUUCAUCUUCCUGCCUUUUACUUUUACGUGACCGUGUGAAGCAUUUGUUUGGAACUAGCUGUAGGACACAACUGAACACUCGUCUUUUUCACCAGGAUAACGUGCCAGUUCUUUUGUAGCAAUGUUGUUUUCCUUGGAAGUGAAAAUGCUGCUUUGUACCAGAGCAAUUCAGAGCUGCAUUUAGAGGAGAUCUGUAACCAUUCAUGUCCCCCAUUUUUAUAUAAUUUAUAAAGACAGAUUAAAGCCAUGAUGACUAUUUUAAACCCACUGUAGUUAACUAACCCAUCCUUUUGUCUAUCUUGCCUGGGAGGAGUUACAGUAGAGCAGUGUAAUUAGAUUUUCCUUGGUUUUCCAGUUAUGCCAUCUGUUCUGUUAAAAUAAAAACCACACUCCCUUUU